AUGGCCAGCGCGCCGCAGCUGCCAAGGGCGAGACACCCGCUGGCGCCACUGCGAGUGGGAAGUAAGCUUAAGGGCAGGCCGCUGCACACCAACAAGUUCUUUAGUUCACUCUUCCUGUCCGACGGCAGCUCACCGUUGUACGCCCACCCUUACGUGCUGCGCGUGCGGAAGCCCGAGUCGGCGGCCCCAUACCGCCUCGAGGUGUCCUAUUCUGCCGCCCGGCGGACAGUGGCCGAGGCUGGGGCAGAUGGCCGCGCGGAGUUCUACCAUCACGCAUUCGAGGCGGAUGUCGCCCUGGGCGCUGCGGAGGCAGGCUCGGAGUGGGAGGUGGAGGACGUGGACGACGCUGGCCUGGGCGUUGUCAUCGCCUUCGGGCGUGGGCAGUGGCGAGCGCCGAUUGUACGAGGCAUGCCGUACGUCACUGGGGUGUUCGACGCGCAGACACCCCUGCUAAGUUCCACGCAGACGAUCGUGUCGAUCGACGGACGGCCGGUCCAGGUGGGCGCGGAGUUCGUCGGCGCGCGCCUGCGCCUGCAGCUCGGCAACGGGCAGUGCUGGAGACUGUAUGGCCUCUCGCAGCCAGCGCCUGCCUGGACUUGGGACGGGCAGGCGCUUCGCUGCAAGGCCCCGGUGCGGGGCGCGGUGCGCGUGGCCCUGGAGCCCGGCGGCGCCGCGGAGGCCGGCGAGAUCUUGGACCGGCACUGCCGAGCCUGGGCGGAGGGCGCAGACGUGCGCUUGUCGCCGCCGCGGGGCUACAGCAUCGCCUGGAGGCGCGCGGGCGACGCCGGCGGGCCCGCGCUGCUCCAGUGCGCCGAGCUGCACCACCUGGACGCCCUUGUUGCAGAGGGUGGCCUGCCGCAGGGGGCGCGCACCGCGCUGCGCUUCGAGAGCACCACCAAGGGCCCCCUGCGCGCAGUCGCCGCAGACAUCUGGGCGCUCAGGGUCGACCCAGUGGAGGUCGGCUGGCUCCCGGAGAGCGGGCCCCAGACCCUGCGCUCGUGGGCGAGAUCGGGCGGCAGCUGCGGGCGGACCUCGCCGUAG